CCUCCCCUUCAGUCUUGCACAGGUGUACCGGCUCCUCCCCUUCAGUCUUGCACAGGUGUACCGGCUCCUCCUCUUCAGUCUUGCACAGGUGUACCGGCUCCUCCCCUUCAGUCUUGCACAGGUGUACCGGCUCCUCCUCUUCAGUCUUGCACAGGUGUACCGGCUCCUCCUCUUCAGUCUUGCACAGGUGUACCGGCUCCUCCCCUUCAGUCUAGCAGGGGUGUACUGGCUCCUCCCUUUCUGUCUUGCACAGGUGUACCG